UCUCACACAAUUUAAGAAGAGCCAUAUUUGAAACAGUUAAGAAUUCAUAUAUAAGAGUGCAUAUAUAUAUAUAAUCCUGCCAAGACAAAGGUAAUGGAGUCGUCACGCAUGUUCCAGCCGGCCAUCAUCCUGCUUCUCCUGCUCAUUGUGACCACCGAUGUGGCGCAGGCGGCGAGGGAAUGCGAGAAGGACAGCGAGCGAUUCCUUGGGGCAUGCAUGGCGUCGGACAACUGCGCCAACGUGUGCCGCGGUGAGGGCUUCUCCGGCGGCAGGUGCAGCACCUUCCGCCGCCGCUGCAUCUGCACUAAGCCGUGCUAAAUUAACCUACUCCCGGCAGUUCGAUGGUGGACGUUUAUUCUAUUUAUUGGCUUACUUGAUUUUUUCCCCCCUAACAAUAAGAAAACGCACGUGCUGGCAUGUACGUUGUGUUGUAUAUGCUUUUCUUGCUGGCUUCAUUUGCUGAUUACUGAUGAGUUGUAAGGUCCCUGCACGAUCCAUUUCACAUGGAUAUGAUGCUUAAUUGUAUUCCUGCUUAUAUGGUAUGUAUAUUUAAUUAAUUAAUGAUGGACCAUCGAGUUUAUUUUGUA